GCACUGACCCACGCCCAUUCCGUCAAUUUAACGAUACUUUACAGCUGCUGAGGCAGUCAGUGUUCACUUCCUGAGAGGACAACAAGCAGUCUGACAGAAAUGCUGGCCUCAACUACAGAACAAGUUGCCGUAACAUGGACCUCUGGUCUGGGAUCUUCAGCCGGUAAUGGCUCAACCUUCCUUGACUCUGAGUUUCGUUACAUCCUCUUCCCGGUUGUCUAUGGCAUCAUCUUCAUCCUGGGCCUCUUCGCUAACCUCUACGUGCUGUUUGUCCUGCGCUGCCUCCGUGAAGCCAAGGCCAUGGGCGAAAUCCGCAUCUACAUGACAAACUUGACCAUCGCUGAUCUCCUUUUUGUCUGUGCCCUUCCCUUCUGGGUUGGCUAUUACAGUCGGCAUGGCAACUGGGUCUACACAGACUUCAUGUGCCGGCUGACCGGUUCGUUGUUCUUCAUCAACACCUACUCUUCCAUCCUCUUCCUCGGGGCCAUCAGCAUCAACCGAUACUGGGCAGUCACCCGGCCCCUGGAUGCGGCCUCUUCAAACCACAGACGUCGUGGGAUCAUCGUGUGCGUUGUCAUCUGGGUGUUUACCGUGGCGUUGGCUAUUCCAUUUCUGGCAUCUCCAGGGACCAACACUGAUGAGAACGUCACUCGCUGUUUUGAGGGGUACCAGAAUCAAACUGAUAUCUACAAGAAAAAAGUGGCUGCCACUCAUUUCGCAAUAACUGGAAUGUUUUUUGUUGUCUUUUUUCUGGUCGUGGUGUGUAAUUUCCUUAUUGCUCGAGCGUUACUUUCUCAAAAUCCUCCUCAGUCAGAGUUCCGGUCUGCAACGAUUAUAUCAAGAAAGUCCAACAGGACCAUGUCCUCAUCAACUAAAAGGCCCAGAGGGGUGAAACGGAGAGCUCUGCAGAUGUUGUUAGCAGUGGUGGGAGUGUUUGUUCUGUGUUUCCUGCCGCACCAUGUCAUUCAAUCCUUCUGGACACUGGCGGUGUUGCAGAUCACACAGGGCUGGGGCCACGUAGACUGGGACCAGAAUACUCGUCAGACACUCAACGACGUACAUCAGCUCACUUUGCUUCUUAUGGCCCUCAACUGCAUUUUGGAUCCUGUAGUUUACUAUUUCGCCACAAGGAAGUUUAGAGGGUUCAUCAUGGCCCACAUUAAAAAGGUAGUAAGGGGAGAGGGGUGCUCCCAGACGCUCACCACGCAGCUCUCCAUGGACAGCAGGAAUCAUAGCCAGAAACUCAAUAGCGAGCCCCAACAGCCGGAAAUGGAUCGAUAAGAACAUGUGUAAUAUUUGUACAAAAAUGUAGAUAUCUGUCACUUGUGUGACAUUCAUGUUGCCACUGAUUCAAUAUUAGAUGACAUGCAGUAUUUUGUUUUUGCACCUCCAGAACUAUAAGCAGUUUUUCCUUGUAAUGUAAUUUAGUGUUGGUGACUCCACAACCUUCUGAAUUGAAUGUGACCUCACACACGUUAUCUUGACAUUUAAUCACCGCAUACUGUAGGAGCUGCGGUCAGAAUUGCAGUAGCCAUCCUGCUCUUCCUGUUUGAAGUACGAGCUGAAAAGCAGACGUUUUGUAAGCAUAAGUACAUCAAUAAAUCGACAAUGACUGAAAAUUCUGCAGCAGGACACUUUAGUUGGUAAAAUGAACUGAUGAAAGACCAGACACAUUAUUUAAAUCCUCCCACAGUUGUUGUUCUGCACAAAGUGGGGCACUAAACACAAAAGAGAUGUCACAUCUAUAUACAGAGCCUAGUCAUCUUGGGUGUUAAGAGUGGAGAUUCUCUAUAGAUUACACACACAACUUAGUAGGUUUACUCGCCACACCUGAUAUAUCAGUAUUCGGUAUUGUGAAACAAGGGAAACAGUAAUGCUUGAGCUAUGUUUCCCCUUUGGCAUCCAAUAUUGUGACAUUGGAUAUGUCUCAUGGUAAAAAUCCCAUGAUUCACGUGAUUCAUGUGACAAAGAAACCCAACACGUAUUAAUAUUCACCCAUCUACUGUGUUUUUUUUAUAUACUGUCAUUACUUACUGUUGAAUAACAGAUGUAUGAAGCAUUUUUAUUCAGUGGAACACUUUUCAUUAUCUUGUAUGGUACUCAAAGGUUUGUGUAAUGUUAUUCUGAUC